AUGGUUUCCAUCCAGAUCUGGGUCACUCAGUUCCACAUUCACUGCACAGGUGAGCUGGAGCAGGUUUGUUUGGCAUUGGUCAUUGGCUGUCCUUUCCUUUCCACAGGGUUGGGAAAGAAGCACCACAUACAGCUUGCAACAACAAGAGAUGCUUUUGUACAUAGCUCGCUACGGCAAAAUGACACCGCUGAGCCGCCUGCUGCCAAUGUUGUUCAGGUCUCCCAGGACAGUCCCCAGGGUCUACAAGACCUGCUGCAGGGUCAGUCCAGCAGAGGCAAAAGGAGGGUGAGAGCCCUCAGGAGAAUAGGUAACUCUGUCAGCACACCGUGCUACUGCAGCACGCAGAUGAAAACAACCUCUUUCACGUUGAGUGUGUUUUGGCUUUCAAGGCUGUAA